ACACACAGUUCGAUUGUACUUGCUCUCUGUCGUUUUGUCUGAGGGGACAUUUUUUUUUUAUUCUCCCAAAGGGAUAGAGUGCAGCUUAUCCCCAAUAACAGUUUACAAACUCUAAACUUUUUCAUCCUAAAUCCCUGCCUGAAAAAAAAAAGUUGGAGGGAGGACUCAGCAGCAGCAAGUCAGACUGAGAGAGCCCGUUAUCUCCAGUGCUUGAGCAGGCAAAAGGGAUAGACCUUACAGCUGCGCUCUGGCUAAACUGAGCAAAAGAAGAAGAGGGGGGAGUCUUAAAAUCCAGGCAACAGGAGUUUCUCUAUCAGCUGACUGCAAGCAACAUGGAAAUCCAGUAGCCUAGAAGAGGACUAAACUAUUGUCUACACUUCAUUAAUUACCACCUGAGUUUUCUGCGUGAUCGCCCACUGUUACAACAUGAAAGACGAUUUUGCAGAUGAAGAGGAGGUACAGUCCUUCGGAUACAAGAGAUUUGGUAUACAAGAAGGCACACAGUGUACAAAGUGCAAGAGCAACUGGGCACUGAAGUUUUCUAUCAUACUGCUUUAUAUUUUGUGUGCCUUGCUUACCAUCACAGUGUCUAUUCUGGGAUACAAAGUUAUAGAGCGAAUGGAUGGAGUUUCAGAUGGCAUGGAAACGUCACACAAAGAAUACACUCAGAAAUUCUCCACUGUGGAUGAGAACUUGAAGAAAUUAGGUGUUCAAGCAGGAGAAAAAUCCGAAAGCACCAACUCAGAGCUUUCAAGUGUAAGGUCAGAUAUUGUGGCCAUUCGUCAGCAACUCCGUGAAAUCACUGAAAAAAGUAACGUAAACAAAGAUACCCUGGAGAAGCUGCAGGAAGCUGGAGAGCUACUCGAUGCUAAACAAGGUCAAAUGAAAAACGCUUUAGAUGCAAACUCAUUAAUGAUCAAUGGAGUUAAUCAAACAUUACAGGUGUAUAAUACCUACGUUUCUAGCUUGCAGCAGGAUACCAGCAGCUUACAGUCAAACCUACAGAGCCAAAUGCAGUCAAAUAAUAUGAUCUUAAUGAAUAUAAGUAAUCUAAAUUUGACUCAGGUCCAGCAGAGGACAGUUAUAAGUAGUUUGCAGAGGUCUGUGGAUGAUACAAGCCAAGCUAUCCAGAGGAUCAAGAACGAGUUUCAAAGUUUACAACAAUCGGUUCUCCAAUCAAAUAAAGACUCAGAGUUUCUCAAGGAGAGGCUUGCAAUUCUCCAGAACAUUGUAUCUAACAACUCUGCUCUAGUGAAAUCUAACAAUGAAACCCUUGAAGAUAUGAACAGCCAACUUAACACUCUUGGAAGUCAGAUUGACAAUAUCACAAUCACAGCACAAAGUAAUGAACAAAGCCUCAAGGAUCUUCAAGAUUUCCACAAAGAGUAUGAGAACAGAACAAACGUUAAGUUCAACGAAGUAGAAGAUAGUUUUCAGAAAUUUGAAUUGGAUAUAGUGAGCAUUAUUAACAACAUAAGCAAAACAGCUUACAACCUGAGGACGCUAACUAGCAAUUUAAAUGAUGUUCGGACAACAUGCACAGAAACAUUGAGUAAACAUACGGACGACUUACUUAACCUAAAUAACUCGCUAAGCAGCAUGAAUAUAGACACCGCUUUCCUUAGGAAUCAGCAAGAAGCAAUGCGGCAAAGAUUAGACACUGAAGUGGCCAAUUUGUCACUUAUUAUGGAAGAAAUGAAACUGGUGGAUUCGGCGCAUGGACAACUUAUCAAAAAUUUCACAAUAUUACAAGGACCACCAGGCCCUAGAGGACCUAAAGGUGAAAGAGGACCACAAGGUCUUAGUGGAUCUAGUGGACCAAAAGGACAGCCAGGAGACAGAGGAGAUCCAGGAUCACCUGGACCUGUAGGUGAGAGAGGACUACCAGGUCCAAUUGGCCCUCCAGGAGAAAAGGGCUCAAAAGGUUCAAGAGGCUCGCAAGGCAAUAAAGGCCAGAGAGGAUCUCCUGGAAAAACUGGUGAACCAGGUCCAAAAGGAUUCCCAGGACCUCCUGGACCACCUGGAAUUAAUGGACCACCUGGGCCUAGUGGACCACUAGGAUUGCAAGGAAUGAGAGGCACAACAGGGGAACCUGGUGUACCUGGUCCAAGAGGUCCACCUGGGGCAGCUGGGCUUCCUGGUAUACCAGGACUAAUUGGACCUAGAGGUCCUCCAGGCCCUCCAGGCCCUGCUGCUGAACUCACACUUGAAAGAUCGUUAGCAUUACAAGCAAACCCUACUUCAGAAUUUGAUCUUGAUCCUUCAAUAACUGGCUGCCCGACAAAUUGGGUAAACUUUACUGAUAGAUGUUACUAUUUCUCAACUGUUAAGCAAAUGUUUGAUGAAGCCAAGGUCUGGUGUGAAGAAGAGAGUUCAACAUUAGUAAUCAUCAAUAGCAAGGAGGAACAACAAUUCUUAAGAAGAUAUAUAGGGGUUACGAGAAGAGGCUUUUGGAUUGGUCUCACUGACACUGAAGAAGAGAAUUUGUGGAAAUGGGUAGAUGGCACAAUACCAACCUAUACGAACUGGAAGCCUGGGCAACCUGACAACUGGGCUCAUGAUGAGGGACCCGGAGAAGAUUGUGCAGGGUUAAUAAAUGCAGCCUUAUGGAAUGACUUCCAUUGUCAUGAUUUUAAUAAUUUUAUAUGUGAGAAACCCAUGAAUACAGCUCAGUUACCACAUUCAUCAUAACGGCAAAAUUCUUCAAGACCUACAUGGAAGAGUCAAGCCGUUCAAAGAAGAAGCUUUGGAAAAUGGAUUUUGCUUUCCAAUAUUAUUAAUAGAGCAAGCACUGAAACAGGGACCACUCAAAGCUCGAUAAUAUCCUUAACAUUCCCACUAAUUAUCCUGAAGACUGGAUUUAGAUAAUUAACAGAGAUUGUGCCAUCUAUUUGGUUGGGACAGUAUCCAUUUCAACACGGAAAAUACUGAUUGGCGCCUCACUUGCUCAGUAUCUAUGCAAUACGUGUCUUUUAAAGUACGGUGUAUAUUCAGAUAGGAUCAAGAUUCUGUAUUCACUUUAUUUUAUAUUACUAAAACCCAAAUGACAUUAUAGAAAAAUAAUAAUAAUACAGGUAUAUAGUGCAAUUCAUAUUCAUCGGAAUAUACUUUUAAAAAGCUUUUAAAAACGUAUUUUUCUACAAGAUGUGUUUCUGAUUGUUUUGUGUGUACUACAGAUUUUUAAUGCCAAAGAAUACUAUAAUAUUCAUGCCGUAGAAUCAACUAGUCAGUUAAAGAGAAUUUACCAUGUGAAGAUUUUUAAGGUUUUUGUGGGUUUUGGGGGCGGGGGGGGGAGGAGAAGUCAUAUGUUUUCUUAUAUCCGUAUUUUUUUAGGUACCAUUUUUUUUAUUAGUAUAUUAUGCAAAUGUUGCCAUUUUUCACAGUGACCAGUUUUAGAAAAGGAAAAACAAUUUCAGAUGAACAUUUUACGUCUUGUGCCUUAUUGGAACAGAGAUUGUAUAUCCCACGAGACAUCUUCAUAUUGUUACCAAGGAGAGAGCCAGCAGGGCUGCCAAUUGACCUGACAGUUCCCCCUGAACAUGAGUCCUUAUGGAGACUGCCAGUAAAAAUCAUUUAUUGGUAGCAGCGGUCUCAUAGAUUUCAGUGGAUUCUUGGCGUCUAAAAUACAUGUCGUUCCAUUUUACCCUUCAAUGUUCAGUUUGAAUACUUGGAUGUUGACAAUUAUGCUGCAGACUGACAUUUAUUUUUUAAUAAUGCCAGUAAAUAUUAUAUUGAAAUAAAACAGUUUUCCUUUGUU